AUGGCGAAUCUAACUCUAGAGCUAAACAUCAACUCCGCAAGAAACCUUUUAAAUGUCAAUCUCAUCACUAAAAUGAACGUUUUCACUGCCAUCACCAUCAACGGCGAGAAUACUCGAAAGAAACAAAAGGCGAAAACCACGGUUGAUCGUUAUGGUGGAUCUAACCCGACUUGGAAUCAAACCAUCAAAUUUUCCGUGGACGAGAGGUCAGCCCGUGGUGGUCAUUCGUCACUUGUCAUGAGAGUAAUCUCUCGUCGAGUCCUAGGCAACAAAGAAAUCGGAAGAGUUAACAUCCCGUUACUUGAGCUCUUGAAUGCAACCACACCAUCAUUUAACGGUGAUGGUAACGAUCAUGAGAUGAAACUGAUGUCGUAUCAGGUGAGAACUUCGUCGGGUAAACGGUCAGGUUCUUUGUCUUUCUCGUACCGGUUUAAACCAAAUGUUCCAGUGAUCACUAACCGGAGUUGUGUAGACUCCGCGGCACCAUCUCAAAUCGAGCAUGCACCUUCGGCUCCACCCGAAUUGCCAAUUGAGUUUCCUAAGCUGCCUCAGCCGCCGUAUCUUUUGAGACAUCCUUUCGCCGCCGGUUCUAGCCGUGGUCUUCUUCCAAUAUCAUAUGGCGCUGGGAUGACCGAGCAAACCGGUCACGCUAAUAACUAUGCGCAAACCGGUCACGCUAACAACUAUGCGCCACCACCGAGACAAGGAUAUGGACCGUACGGUUAUGUGUCGUCGGGAUAUGGAUACGGAAGUCCCUCGUAUCAACAACGUAAGGAGAUGGGGAUUGGGCUUGGAUUGGGAGCCGGACUUUUUGGUGGAUUAAUGGUGGGAGACAUUGUGUCUGAUGUUGCAAAUUGUUAUGAUCUUUGA